CACGGACGAGGGUCCAUGGGUCGGGGCUGCGGGGCAAGGGUCCACGGGACAGGAUCCGCAGGGUAGGAGUUUCGAGACCGGCUCUGCGCGCGUAUUGGGGACGACCGUGCGGGGCUGUGCGGGACUCCGCGGAGCUGGGGCGCUAGCGAAGGCUCCCCGCUGGGGGUCGGCAGGGCCGCGGCGAGGCCGGGAGUUGGGGGGAUGCUGCGUGCAGGGGCGGGCGGGACCCCCGGCUGCCUCCCCGCGGGGCCGCCCCCGCGCCCGUCCCUCCCCCUCCGCCUCCGCUCCGCCGCCCUGCGUCGCCGCCGGGAAGUUUGCGUGCGGCUAGGCGGGCGCGGGCGCGGGCGCGGAGCCGGCGCCGACCCCGACCGGCAGCGCCGCGGAGGCCAGCGGCCCGACCCGAACGUGCCCCGAGGACGGCGGGAGCAGAGCCGAAGCCCGGAUCGGCACCGCGCGGUGAGCACCUGGGCUGCGGCCCGAGUGGACGUUCUCGAGCGGAUCCAGGAACCGGGAGCGGGGAGCCGGCCGGUGGGGGCCCCAGCACUGUGCGGACAGCAACCUGUGGAGGAGGACCCACACCUGCGAGGACCCAUGUGCCCUAGACGUGCAGCCCUUGCCAGAUGUGGGAGACAGCUGCCUGGAAGCAUGUCCCCCACCUGGCCACGACACCCCUAUCUGCUGCUGCUGCUGCUGCUGGCCUACAAGCUGCAGGCCACCUCUGCUCAGGUGAUGGACUUCCUGUUUGAGAAGUGGAAGCUGUACAGGGACCAGUGUUACCACAACCUGAGCCUGCUGCCCCACCCCACUGAGCUGGUCUGUAACAGAACCUUCGACAAGUAUUCCUGCUGGCCCGACACCCACCCUAACACCACAGCCAACAUCUCCUGCCCCUGGUACCUGCCUUGGCAUCACAAAGUGCAGCACCGCCUCGUGUUCAAGAGAUGCGGCCCUGAUGGGCAGUGGGUACGUGGGCCCCGGGGACAGCCAUGGCGCAAUGCCUCCCAGUGCCAGAUGGACGAUGAGGAGCUGGAGGUCCAGAAGGAGGUGGUCAAGAUGUACAGCAGCUUCCAGGGGGUGUACACGGUGGGCUACAGCCUGUCCCUGGGGGCCCUGGUCCUGGCCCUGGCCACCCUACUGGGCUUCAGAAAGCUGCACUGCACCCGGAACUACGUUCACGCCAACUUGUUUGCAUCCUUCAUGCUGAAGGCCUGCUCUGUGCUGGUCAUUGACCGGCUACUCAAAACCCGCUACAGCCAGAAGAUUGGUGACGACCUCAGCGUGAGCAUCUGGCUCAGUGACGGGGCAAUGGCUGGCUGCCGGGUGGCCUCUGUGUUCAUGCAGUAUGGUGUGGUGGCCAACUACUGCUGGCUGCUGGUAGAGGGCGUGCACCUGCACAGCCUACUUGGCCGUGCCACCCUUCCUGAGAGGAGCUGCUUCACCCUCUACCUGGGCAUCGGCUGGGGUGCACCCAUGCUGUUUGUUAUCCCUUGGGCAGUGAUCAAAUGUCUGUUUGAGAACGUCCAGUGCUGGACCAGCAAUGACAACAUGGGCUUCUGGUGGAUCCUCCGCUUCCCUGUCUUCCUGGCCAUCCUGAUCAAUUUCAUCAUCUUUGUCCGCAUAAUUCACCUCCUCAUGGCCAAGCUGCAAGCCCGUCAGAUGCACUACACAGACUACAAGUUCCGGCUGGCCAAGUCCACGCUGACCCUUAUUCCCCUGCUGGGGGUCCAUGAGGUGGUCUUCGCCUUUGUGACCGAUGAGCACGCCCAGGGCACCCUGCGCUCCACCAAGCUCUUCUUCGACCUCUUCCUCAGCUCCUUCCAGGGCCUGCUGGUGGCUGUCCUCUACUGUUUCCUCAAUAAGGAGGUGCAGUCAGAAUUGCGGCGGUACUGGCGCCGCUGGCUCCUGGGCAAAGCACUGCGGCAGGAGCUGCGCACCAGCAGCCAUGUGGCAUCGACUGGGCCCAGCCACAGCACCCCCAGCGAGAAGCUGCAGCUUGUAAGGGGAGGUGGCAGCAAUGGGGCUGGCCAGGAUACCUCUGGAGAGCCCCCUUUGGCCGGUGGCCUCCCUGGGUUGGCUGAAAACACCUUCUGAAUCCCUGGCUGGGGUUGGACUCAGACUCCCAGAGAGGACAUCACUGGACAGCCCAGAACUGGACACACUGCUGAGGCUGGAGGGCCCUGCCGUCCGUCUCUCCCACAGUGUGGAGGUCUGUGGCGGAGGCUGCCCCUCCCCACACCUGCCCUGUCCCUGAGGGCAGGAUCUGGGGUUGGGGAGUGUACGGUAAACUGCAUGCCUAUGACCCCGUGUGUUGGCAUGUCCCAUGUGUGUGCCCUCCUACAAUAAAGAGCAAGUAAUGGCCA